CCGGAGGCGAAUCGAUCGAUCGGGCACGCCGUCGCAUUUCUUCCAUCCUCCCCCGCCCGCCCGGCCGCGCCGCCGUCCGUGCCGGCCGUAGCGUCUCGUCUCGCUCACAGGCUGCGCACCACCGCUUCCCUCAAAGCUCGCUCCACCUCUCGCCGCCCAGCGCCGACGCCUUCCUCGGCUGCUCGACGGCGCCCGGCGCUUCCCCGGACCCGAGGCGAGCGGCGGUGCUCGUCAGAUCGGCGGGUGCGGCGCCGCCACCGAGGGGAAGGAGACCCUGUGCGUCUCCGCUCUAUUGCGGGCGGCUCCCCGUCCCAUCUCCUCCGCCGCUCCCCUCCAUUGGCUGCCGCGCCGCCAGCGAGCUCAGGGAGACCGGCGGACUGCGGGCAAGGCUCUGUGUGCUGCAAUGGCGUUCAUGGGGCGGAUGGCCGGCAGUCGCAUUUUCUCAGAGCUGUGCGGCUCGAUCGUGAAUCUGAGGAUGUACUCUUCGAGGGUGGACUGGAAGCAGCUGCGGCCCAUGAUUCUAAAGAGGAUCAAGAACCGAACAAAGGAUUAUCCUAUCAAGCGAAUGAUCCCGGUGGCCCAGGAGGUGGUCAGGGCCAGAGAGAUUCUCACUGAAGGCGUCUCGAUACUCCUCAGAGCUGUCCCUGUACAAUCAUGCAAGUUUUGUCCUGAAAUUCAUGUUGGAGCAAUGGCACAUCAGAUGAAAUCAUGUCACGGUUUCAAACGUAUGAUCAAGGAUCGACCUCACCAAUGGGGCCCAGGCGGCUUGAAUAACAUCCUUGUCCCUGUUGAGGCCUUCCAUCAGGAAAACAUGUUUCAGGAUGAGAUAAGGCAUGACCAGAGGUUCGACUUCACUCGUGUCCCGGCUGUACUCGAGCUAUGUCAUCAGGCAGGUGCAGAGCUACCUGAAGGACUCCUAUACAGACGUGAUGAGCUAUGUACGGCAGCUGAAGCUAACAACCAAAAUCCUGCCCCUUUGCUAUCUUCUGAACUUAGAUUGGUAGGUCAAAGAACACUGGAAGCAUGGGAAAGGCUCAGAUUAGGUGUGACAAAACUCCUAUUGGUCUACCCAUCCAAAGUGUGCGAGAAUUGCUCUGAAGUGCAUGUUGGGAUAUCAGGGCACAAGGCCAGGAUGUGUGGAGUAUUUAAGUUUGAGGGCUGGCGGGGAAAACACAAGUGGAAGAAGGCUGGAGUGGAUGACCUGGUUCCUCAAAAGAUUGUGUGGCAUCAGCGGCCUCAUGACCCACCAAUUCUGGUGGACAGUGGGCGAGAUUAUUAUGGUCAUGCUCCUGCUGUUGUGGAGCUUUGUGUGCAAGUAGGUGCAAGAGCAUCACCAAAAUAUAAUUGCAUGAUGAAGGAGCAUGGCUUGGCACCACCUGUUCAAAGAGACCAGGCCACAUAAGAAGUUCAUUGCUUAGCUAGGUCUGUGCAUGAUGACGAUGUUAUACGGUAGCUGUACAUAUCAGGUAACAAGAGACCACAAGAGACCCUUUUGGAUGUGGAGCAAAUCUAGGGUUACUAAAAUUGUACUUUUGCAGAAUUCAUGUGAAUCAAAUGAGGCAGGUAGCAAUCCAUUUUGAAGGUUAUCUGUGUUACUCAGGACAGUAGAUGAGAAGGAAAACACUGUUCAUGUUUACCAAUUAGCUGAAUUUCCUCUGAUGAUAUCAGGCAAUUUCUUUCAGUGGGAGACUUAACUGCAUUGUAAAUUAUCCAGAAGGCCAGAAUGGAAUAUUUGGGCCUUAGUUUGUGCCGGCUCAUUGAAAAUCGAGGGAUGGUAGCUCUGCCUUGCUACUGUAACAUCAAGUGUUGUCAUUUUUUUUGUGGGAGUUCUUUUUCCAAGGGGAUUACUGGACAGUUUGUUCACAUUACCUAGAUGUCAUACCAUUACUCUUUUCUGAUAGCCCUAUGGGCAAUUUUGUUAUAAGCAAGCUAUGUAGAGGGAACUCACUUGCUGCAAGUUGGUACUGUGUGUGAACAUCACAAAUAACUUUUGUACUGCUUUCAUAAGCACCCCUUUUUGAAGUGUGAUCUGUACACACAACCUAGCUUGGCCCCCCUUUUUGUGUACUGAUUAUUCCAGCCACAUUGGCUGAUAAGCUGGGUAUAAAUGAAUUUCAUGUACAUUAAA